AUGGCUCACACGUCCGCCGCCGCCGAUCUGUCAGUGGCCAACCUCUUCGGUUUCCAAAAAGAUGUCGUCCUCGUGACCGGCGGAGCCACAGGCCUGGGCGAGAUGGCUGCCCAGGCCUUCGUCCAGAACGGCGCCCGCGUCAUCAUCGCGAGCAGAAAGAAGAGCGAGCUGGAAAAGACGGCAGCGAGACUGAACAGCCUCGGACCGGGAAAGUGCGACUACGUCGUGGCGGACCUCAAAGACAAGGCGGGCUGUGAUGUGCUCUGUGCGGAAGUCAAGAAGAAGACGGACAAGUUGACCGUGCUGAUCAACAACUCGGGUGCCACAUGGGGUGCCCCGUACGACGACUUCCCCGAGUCCGGGUGGGACAAGAUCAUGUCCCUCAAUGUCAAAUCGAUAUUCUACGUCACUGUCGGCCUCCACUCCCUGCUCACCAAGGACGCGACGGCAGAUGUCCCCAGUCGGGUCAUCAACAUCGCCAGCACGGCCGGCGUCGCGACGGGUGACGUUACGAGUGGGCCCGAGGGCGGGCUGGCGGCCCCCGGCACCGGCACGUACAGCUACGGGCCGAGCAAGGCGGCCGUCAUCCACCUGUCCAAGAUCCAGGCGUCCAAGCUCAUGCAGGAGCACGUCACGGUCAACGCCGUCUGCCCGGGCGUGUUCCCGAGCCGCAUGUCGAACUUCGGCCUAGAGAAGGCCAUGGCGAGCCUGCUGAGGCAGCACCCCAGCGGCCGCGUCGGAAAGGCCGAGGAUUUCGGCGGGUUGGUGCUCUUCCUCGCCAGCCGGGGUGCGGCGCACAUCACUGGUAAUGCGUUCGUGAUCGAUGGUGGUGUGACGGUCAGCGGGGGCAAGGGCAAGGCGGCAAGGCAAGAAAAGUUGUAA